UCAGAGUGAAUUAAGGAGUUGAGGGGAGAUUCCCACGUCAAGUGUCAAUGGGUCUGAUGGACCAGCUCUCUGUAUAAAAGACAGGUCAGAUCAGACCUCAGACAUAUAGCCAGAGCAUCAGCUAGACUUCUGACACAGAACCAGACUAGAGCAUCAGAGACCAGAGCAUCGGAGACCAGAACAUUAGAGACCAGAACAUCAGAGACCAGAACAUCAGAGACCAGAACAUCAGAGACCAGAGCAUCAGAGACCAGAACAUCAGAGACCAGAACAUCAGAGACCAGAGCAUCAGAGACCAGAACAUCAGAGACCAGAACAUCAGAGACCAGAACAUCAGAGACCAGAACAUCAGAGAGAACAUCAGAACAUCAGAGACCAGAGCAUCAGAGACCAGAACAUCAGAGAACAUCUCAAACAAUACAAUCUUCAGCAUCUCAACCAUCUCUGAACCAUGAAGACCCUGACUGCUCUACUCCUCCUGGGACUGCUCUGCUCCCUCCACACGACGUCUGCAGGUGUCAUCGCGUUGGAAAUAGCACCUGACUGCUGUGUGAAAUUCAGCGCGAGGAUCCCUCUUCAACAAGUAGUUUCUCUCAGAACAACCUCCAGUAGCUGCCCUCGCAAAGCACUGAUUUUCACCACAAAGAAAGGGAAGACAUUUUGUGUUGACCCUUCUGAAGCCUGGGUCCAGAGUCAUGUGACUAAGAUUGAGAGCAGAUCGACUACUGCCAAGACGACGAUGUCAUCAACUACCAUCACCCCCUAACACCCCAACCCUUGUUGGUGCACUUUAAAGGGAAUAGGUUGCCAUUAGUGACACAAACCUUGUCAUGCAUGUCAAUACCCUAUCUGAGAUUGGUAUAGAGGAGGCUCAAUGUAAUGUACUAGGUUAAUAUCCUAUCUGAGAUUGGUAUAGAUUAGGUUCAAUGUAAUGUACUAGGUUAAUAUCCUAUCUGAGAUUGGUAUGGAUUAGGUUCAAUGUAAUGUACUAGGUUAAUAUCCUAUCUGAGAUUGGUAUAGAGGAGGCUCAAUGUAAUGUACUAGGUUAAUAUCCUAUCUGAGAUUGGUAUAGAGGAGGCUCAAUGUAAUGUACUAGGUUAAUAUCCUAUCUGAGAUUGGUAUAGAUUAGGUUCAAUGUAAUGUACUAGGUUAAUAUCCUAUCUGAGAUUGGUAUAGAGGAGGCUCAAUGUAAUGUACUAGGUUAAUAUCCUAUCUGAGAUUGGUAUAGAGGAGGCUCAAUGUAAUGUACUAGGUUAAUAUCCUAUCUGAGAUUGGUAUAGAUUAGGUUCAGUGUAAUGUACUAGGUUAAUAUCCUAUCUGAGAUUGGUAUGGAUUAGGUUCAGUGUAAUGUACUAGGUCUAGGAUAUACUAAUUGUUUAUUUUUCUAUAACUGUAAACAUAUUUGACAUGUAACUAUUCAGUAAACUAUUUAAUAUUUUAUAUUUAGUAAAGCCGUUGAAAAUUUCAAACAUCCUGUGAGAGUGGUUCAUAUGAUUCAAUGAAUGUAUUAAUGGAUAUAUAUGGGUUGUAACUAGGUCUAUUCUACUAUACUGAUAUAUAGAUAUUAAUAUAUAGAUAUUAAUGGGUUGUAACUAGGUCUAUUCUACUAUACUGAUGUAUAUAUUAAUGGGUUGUAACUAGGUCUAUUCUACUAUACUGAUAUAUAUAUUAAUGGGUUGUAACUAGGUCUAUUCUACUAUACUGAUGUAUAUAUUAAUGGGUUCUAACUAGGUCUAUUCUACGAUAAUGAUGUAUAUAUUAAUGGGUUGUGUACAUGUUCUCAAUCUGCAGCUGUUUAAAUAAAUCAAGUACUCUGAAUAAUU